AUGCCCACGCUCCCUGAAUCGCUCUCUAGCUUCCAAGUUUGGGUAGGAGGCGCCGUCGUUCUUGGAGCUGCAGUUUGGUAUCUUGGCUUAAAUACCCCCUCAGCCAAGGCAAAGCGGGCUGGGGCUGCCCUCGCGCCCGGACCAAAGAGACUACCUGUCGUCGGCAAUUUGUUCAAUUUUCCAAAGAGGAAGUGGUAUGAUACGUUUACCCGGUGGGCAAAGGACUAUGGAGAUAUCACCUAUGUCGACCUGGCUGGCACUUCAAUGAUUGUGCUGAACUCCUUCGGUGCCAUCCGUGAAUUGACGGAGAAAAGAAUGAAUAUCCACUCAAACAGAGUUCAUGCAACUCUAGUCUGUGACUUGAUGGGAUCUGCUUACUUUCUGACGCUCAUGCAACCCACCAAGAAUUUUGCAGAGCAGCGCCGUCUUUUCCAAAAGGCAAUAGGUCCUCGUAUUGUGGAGCAAUAUGAUGCAUUCAUUCAGCACGGCUGUUCCGAGCUCCUUCAACAGUUUGAUGGAUUCUCCGGUGAGCCAAUUGGCAUCCUAACCAAGACGAUGGGAAACGUACUUACUCGGAUCGCGUACGGCGAGCGUUUCUUCGAGCAGCACGGACCUGAAAUAAUCAAGUACAACAUUGAAGGGGUAGAGUUGAUCUCAUGGGCAUUCACACAAUUCUGGUUUGUCGACGUGAUCCCUACUUUGCGAUACGUGCCAGCAUGGUUCCCUGGAGCACACUUCAAGCGAGUUGGAAAUCAAGGAAAAUAUUAUUCGGACAUGAUUCGGUACUUGGCGUUCAAUCGAGUAAAGGCUAAUAUGGCAGAAGGACUUGUGGAUGAGUCUAUCCUUUCCAAGUACUUACAGGAAGGGAGUAUCUCCGAAGAUAACCUUCGAGAUGCAGUGGCGACAAUGUAUACCGCUGGCGUCGACACGACAACAAUAACAAUCACCCAUUUCCUGUUCAGCGUUGCCUUGUACCCUGAAUGGCAGCAAAAAAUCCACCAAGAGAUGGAUCGAGUACUCGGUCGUGGUCAACUACCAACAUUGGGCGACACCUCCAAGUUAGAGACCUUCGAGGCUGUAUUCAAGGAAUCUUUCCGGUGGAAUCCUCCAGUGCCACUCGGUCUCCCUCAUGUGAGCUCAAAAGAGGACGUGAUUGAUGGUUACUAUAUCCCGAAGGGUUCGAUCGUUCACUGCAAUAUCGGGUUUGUGCUCAGGGACCCACGCCUGUGGGGUGAAGACAGCCUCGAUUUCAACCCCAAUCGCUUCUUGGCGGCCCACAAUCCGUCGGUGAAUGAGUUACCAGACAUAUGGAGUAUUCCAUUUGGUUUCGGGCGGCGAAUCUGUCCUGGACGUCAUCUUGCGCAACGUAGUGGUCUAUUUUAUGCAGCGGCCAUCUUGUCCGCCUACGAAAUCCUCCCAUAUGAAGGGGAGACACUCACACCAGACGGACCGUUUGAGGACUCUGCCGUCAGCCAAUAG